AUCACAAGUUCCAUUCGGAGCUCUCGGCCUUGUGUGUUGCGGGUGGUUUUACGCCUUGAUCGCCCUAAAUGGCUCGCUAGUGUUACAUCAAUUCGUGAGCCUCAUCUUCAGGCUCAGCCUUAGCCUCAGCCUCAUCCGCUCACCACGGUCGUGCCUACCUACUAUGUCACGCCCACGAUGAGCGGCCUCGCCUUCUUCCUGCUCUCCUACAGCCUUCCUCCCUGACCAUUUGGCAACGGCUCUAUGUGAAGCAGUGGCCCUUCGUUUCUAGUUGCAAAUCUGCGACUGUCCUCUGCCGAACAUGGUAUUUCGUCUUUUCGUGCCGCCUGGCGAAGGACAGCACAACCUCGUCCUCAAGAGGCCAGACCCCCUCGGCGCCAAUGCAACGCUACAGUAUUCGAUCCUCGGCUCGACUGCCGUGGCGGCGGCGUACACGUCUUUCGCUACACGAUACAGCCACCGAGUGACUCCAGGCUGUACUUUCUCUCGACCGGCGCUGUUCAUACGAUCAUCGGCGAAGCUAGGCCUAUGGGCAGGUGUGUUGGGCGCAGCAGCGAACUGGUACUACAACUCGCGGUUCAUGUCGGUCGUGCUUUCGCAAAGGAACCCUGAGGUCAGGCCGUGGAAGCUGUACGAAAGGACGAAGAGCCCUACGAUAGAUGACGGCUGUUUCGUCGGCGCAGGGCUCGGGCUUGCCGCUUCUGUCCCUGCCUUCUUCAUGCGCCGGCUAGCUAUACCACGCUGGACACGAUGUUUAGGCCUGGCGAAUAUUGGGGCUUGCGCUGGUAUUCUUGGUGCGCAUGGAUACUUGCAAUAUACGGGCGACCGAAAGAAAGCCUACGCGCGCCUCGAUUGCCGACUGCAGAGACGCUCACUUGCGUUUUGGGAGUUGUUUUGGGAUAAGAAGAUAAUGGCAAAGUUCAAUCCUUUGGUCCAGCUGUACAUUCGUCACAAUGCAUUGUGGUAUGCGCAGCAGCUCCCAGACUCUGCGUUUGAGCAGGCGGAAGACUACGACGCUGUUUCCGCCGGAUCUCAAGAAGCGAAUCCGCACGCGAAUAGUUCAUACUCUACCCAUGCGCACGAAGAUCAGUCUUACUACCUGCCACCGUUCGACUGUGCGGAGGACCUGAAAUACAUCAGUGUGGAGGCCACCCACGCAAAGAUAGAGGAGCACGAAGCCGAAAUCGCGGCGCUGCUGAAAGAAGCCGAGUUCGUCCUGUUCGUCAGCGCACAUAGGCAGUAUGAGUACUGUCAUCUGGAAGACGUGGGUGACGAAGAGCGACGGCAGCGUCUCGAGGAGCUCCAGCUCCUGCAGCUCAUUUACAACAACAUCCGCAGUGCAGCCGAACAGCUACAAUCAAGGCUCAUCAACUGGCGUAUGUCGCUGCAACACAAGGCUAUCAUGGACUCGCCCGGAUCAGCCAACAGCUCGGUCGCCGCGUGGUUACCGCAGUCCACGCACGAUUUCAAGACACAUGACCCUGUGCUCUCGAUCCAGGAGCUGGAACGAACACAAGCGGCUCUAGAUGCUGAGAUCAAGAGCUUCGAAGCCAGCAUUGCAUAUCCUGGCUAUACGAAAGAGAAGAAAGACCGUUGGAGAAUGGACCUCGAGGACGGCAGGUCGCUGUUGCGUGUUGCAGAUAAGAUAGUCUGGGAUUUCGAGAAGAUGCAAGACGCGGCGCGUAACAAGAGCAUGCUUGACCCGAGCGAGCCUGCCAGCCACACAAAAGCGCAUCCAUCCGUUGCAGAGCGUGCGGGAGCACAAGUAGACAGCACGGCUGUUACGAAGCGCGAUGAUGGAAGCCUGGAGGUUGGCAAGUCAUGAUACCCCUCUGAAUUAUUUCUGAA